UUUUUGCUUUUUAGAGUGAAUAUGCAUGAACGAGUGAACAGAACAGAGAGGCAGUUUAAAUCUCUUCCAGCUAACCAACAGAGUCUCCUUCCUCAAUUCCUUCCUCACCUUGACAAGAUUCGGAAGUGCAUUGAUCAUAAUCAAGGGAUACUAAACACCAUUGUGAAUGACUGCGUUCAUAUGUUUGAAAAUAAAGAAUAUGGUGAAGAUGGAAGAGGGAAGAUCACACCAGCUUCAACAUUUGACAUGGAUAAAUUAAAAUCAACUUUGAAACAAUUUGUGAGAGACUGGAGUGAGGAGGGAAAGCCUGAGAGAGAUUCCUGCUACCAGCCAAUCAUUAGUGAAAUUGUUAAGAACUUUCCAAAGGAAAGAUGGGAUUUCUCCAAAGUUAAUAUCCUGGUACCUGGUGCUGGGCUAGGUAGAUUGGCGUGGGAAAUAGCUAUGCUCGGUUAUGCUUGCCAAGGAAAUGAAUGGAGCCUCUUUAUGCUCUUUUCUUCUAACUUUGUUCUCAACAGAUGCUCUGAAGUUAACUCAUGUAAGCUUUAUCCUUGGAUUCAUCAGUUUAGCAAUAACAGAAGAUCUGCUGAUCAGAUACGUCCAAUUUAUUUCCCUGAUGUUGAUCCUCACAGUCUUCCUUCUGGUUCAAACUUCUCUAUGACAGCAGGGGAUUUUCAAGAAAUUUAUUCUGAGUGCAAUACGUGGGACUGCAUAGCUACUUGCUUUUUCAUAGACACAGCACAUAAUGUUAUUGAUUACAUUGAUACCAUAUGGAAAAUACUAAAGCCUGGAGGAAUAUGGAUAAAUGUAGGUCCUCUCCUUUAUCACUUUGAAAACUUGGGAAAUGAACUUUCUAUAGAAUUAAGCUAUGAGGAUAUAAAAAAUGUUAUACUGCAAUAUGGAUUCCAUAUGGAGGUGGAGAAAGAAUCUGUAAUGUCAACUUACACUGUGAAUGAACUCUCCAUGAUGAAGUACUACUAUGAAUGUGUGUUGUUUGUGGUGAGAAAACCAGAAUAGGAGUGGUCUGAAUAGGUUUAUCAAUAAAAAAAUGUUGGCUUGAAAGCUGGAAAUGAAAGUAGGAUGGACUGAGGGGAUAUCUGGACGCAACCUCAAAUCAGUGGUGCCUUCUUCCUUAUAAUAGGAUUUAGAUAGUGUCUAUUUUCUUAAUAUCUCUAUUGCUAUCUAGACAUGUGCUAUGCCGUGCAUAUUUGUAAUAUACUUGUGAAAGCGAGGAGGAAAUAUUCAUGUAUGUUGUGCUUUGGAAUGCGUU